ACUUGUUCAUGAUAAUUUUAAUUAAAUAUAUGAAAAUAUAUAUAAAUAAAUUGAAAUUAUUGUAUUAAAUUAAAUUAGUAAAAAUGGUUGAAAGGCAAAGACAAAGAAUCGAAUAUGAAAUCACUAAAAUGGUCGAUGAAAUGGACAAGGAGUAUCUGCGGAAGAUACAGGCAGAUAUGCACAGAUGUGCAGCUAAAUGCUGUGAAGACAAAGAUUCAAGCCUCUCGUCAGUCCAGAGUUGUGUCGAAAGGUGCAGCGGGCCUUUGAAUAAGGCUCAACAGUAUGUACAGGGUGAAUUAGAGGGCUUCCAAGGACGUCUCCAAAGAUGUGUCAUGCAGUGCAACGACGACAUUAAAGACAUGAUGGGACCAACGCCAAGCGAUAAAGACGUUGAUAAGUUCACCCACAAAUUCGAAUCGUGUGCCAUAAAAUGUGUGGACAAGCACAUAGAACUACUACCUCAAAUGAUGAAAGCCAUGAAGCACGUACUUAGCAAAGAACAAAUCAAUUGAUAAGAAGAAUUCUAUUAUAAAUCAUUAAUAGAAUUGUUAACAUGUGUAGUAAUGGUAGAAGAAACGUAUUUGUAAUUUACUUUUGCAUUUAUAAAUAUGUAUAAAAUGUAAAAAAAAUA